CAAACAUAUUUGUCUGAGUGAUUGGCUGAACAAGAAGUAGGACUGAUUGGACUUGUAGGCUCUAAAGUUUUGCAUUGUUUGAAAGGGAGUUGGUGCUAUUUAUUGAAUAGGUUGGAAGCAACAGAAAAACACAUCAGCGAUUAUAGCAUCAUGUAUUUUGCACAAUAUUUGUGAUAGUAAAGGAGAAAGCCUUAGUGAUGGGUGGGAGGCUGAGGUGCAGAGACUUGCUCUGUGAUUUGAGCAACCAGCAAAGCAUCCAAUACAAAAUGCAAACAGCCGGGACAGUAUUAUCAGGGAUGCCUGUUGCUCUUAUUUUGAGGCUCAGGCCUGAAUUGUGCAGCUGUACAUCCAGCUAUUAACUCCUGGAGAGGAGCGGGGUUUGAAGUCUUUUGUUCAGUUCAGUGUAGUUUAUGGGUGGUGGAAGUGCAACGGAGCUAGCACUCCCUGUUGCACCAAGUGUCUUUGCUUGAAUGUGUUUGUAAAGUCCUAUCAAUUAGUGCAAACAUAAUUUUCUGUGUAAAAUGAGCUGUCAUCAACUCCAUAUGAACGUCUGACAUUUUAAAAGGUUUUUAUUAAUCUGUUAUGUAACAAGCAGAAGUGAACAUUCAGCUGAAACAAAGCUGAAAAACAGCUUUUAAUUAUGACACAAUACAUUAAACAGCAAUCUAUUAUCUAACUACAAAGAACCCUUUCAUUAUAUCAUCAGUGAAACGAAACAGUCAAGUGCAACAGUGCAAUGCAGGGCACAACACAAAGUGGGAAGGGGGUUACAUUUACAGGCUAGUGCAUGUCUUUGCUCAAUCUCUUCUGGUUUGUGAGCCUUCUGGUGUGGCAUGCUGAGGUUUGAAGUUACAAGGGGCAAUAGAGGGCUCAAAUGAGCUGGGGUCCUAAUUGCCCCAAAUUGUUCUCUGUGCCCUCAGCUUGGGUCUGAGAGGGGAAUGGCCUGGGAGUACUGCUGUGGGGUUACACCAGGGAGGUGUGUACUCUUGUUCCUUAUAGCCUGUAUUGUUCAGGGGCUUCAUAAUAUGGCUAGGACUGGUUUGCACUACUGUAUUGCUGACUGCCCUAAUAGUUAAAUGCUGCAAUAGGGCAUUUCGGAUUUGUGUUGUCUCCAGGACUUGUCCCUGCAUCUCCCUCUUUCUAUGCUGUUUUUGGACAUGGCAGUGCUUUCCCUGGCCACUGCCGCGCUGUCCUUUGCCACUGCAACAAUCUCUUAGUCCUUAGAUACUGCUUCCAACUCCCUGCAUUUUUUGGGGGGCGGGGAGGGCCUCUGUAAUGAUGCCACAAACAUUUUGUCACAAGCUUUCUCCCCUUCAGAUUUGCCAGCCAUUCUGCUAUUGAUAAGGGCCCUGUCCUUGAGUCUGUCUCAUGCAGAUAUAAUUGCUGUGGUGGUAUUUAAAAAAAAAAAAAAAAAAAAGGUGGGGGGGGGGGCAGUUACUGUUCCUAGUCUAGGGAGGCUCUGAUAACUUUUUUUUUCACAUGCAUUUCUGCCUUUACCUCCUUGAGAUUCUUCCAUUCUGAGGAUUCCCCGAGACUGGGUAAGUGGUAUGUGCUGCGGGUUUGUUGUCUGUGCUUCAUACGUUGUGUGGCUGGGGCAGGGAUGGAGUUGUAAAUUGUGUUCCUGGUCUGGCUGUGCAGCUUUGCUGUGCGUUGGGUGUGCUUAUGUGGUUUUGGAGGGGUUAGUGGGCUGAAUCUGGAGUGAGAUGGAUAAUAAGCACCUCUACAUCCCCUUUAGGUUGUCCUGACUCUGGAUGAUGUUACACUGAGGCGGGUGACUAGGAGCUGGUUGGAGAUGGAUGGACAGGUGGAAAGUAUCUAAAAGCAAUUGGCACAGGAUCUUGGCUUUGUACUCUUAACUGUCUCAAAGCGUGAGUUUUACGACGUUGGGAAACGGCACAUUUCAGCUGAGAUCGGAGCUGUGACAUUGAUCUAAAGGUAAUUGAUGAGCGCUGCCGCUUUGCUGAAAACAUUGGACCGAGUUUUUUAAGAAAUACUGCAGACCCAUCUAGCAGUCAGAGUAUGGCUAUGAACAAUGGCAAUAAUGAUUUUGUGGUCCUGAGUAAUGGCAGCAUCCUCUCCAGUGCUACCGGUCCCAGCAUCCUUUCAGCUACUGAUGGAGGCAUUGCAGCCCAACACCUCCCCUCCAAGGAAGCACCAAGAGCAAAAGUGAGUCCAAAUGGAUGCCUGCAACUUAAUGGUACAAUCAAACCAUCCUUUCUGCCUUUAGACAACCAAAGAACUCAACAGAUGUUGACACAAUGCUGCCACCCUUGCCCAUACCAUCAUCCUUUAAGUAACCAUAAUAAACAGCAAGAAUGUCAUUCACUGGCCGGGAGCACAGCACCAUCUCCUAUGACUUCCUGCUGCCUGCAGCCACAUACUGAAUAUUCAACAUCUGUCUGCCAAAAACAUACACCUAUGUAUCAGACCACCUGCUGCCUUCAACACCCCCCAUCAUUCUGCCUUCAUCAUCAGUGGCCUGACCAUUUUCAACAUCAGUCUGUUCAACAACAUGUAGCCACUGUAAGACCAGCCAGACCAUUCAAGUUACCAAAAAGUUAUGCAGCCCUGAUAGCUGACUGGCCUGUGGUGGUUCUAGGCAUGUGUACUGUGUUAAUAGUGGUGUGUGCAUUGGUUGGCAUAUUAGUUCCAGAUCUUCCAGACUUCUCUGAUCCUCUGCUGGGUUUCGAGCCAAGAGGGACUGCAAUAGGCCAGAGAUUGGUCACAUGGAAUAAUAUGGUGAAAAACACAGGGUACAAAGCAACAUUGGCAAAUUAUCCUUUUAAAUAUGCAGAUGAACAGGCUAAAAGUCAUCAGGAUGACAGAUGGUCAGAUGAUCACUAUGAGAGAGAGAAAAGGCAAGCAGAUUGGAAUUUCCACAAAGACAGCUUUUUCUGCGAUAUUCCAAGUGAUCGAUACUCACGAGUGGUGUUUACUUCCACAGAAGGAGAGAACUUGUGGAACUUGCAUGCAAUUAAAUCAAUGUGCAAUGUAGAUAAUUUGAGGAUAAGAUCUCAUUCCCAAUUUGGUGAUCUCUGCCAGAGGACCACUGCUGCUUCAUGCUGUCCCAGCUGGACGCUGGGCAACUAUAUUGCCAUUCUAAACAACAGAUCGUCAUGUCAAAAAAUUGUAGAACGAGAUGUUUCUCACACCCUAAAGCUGCUUCGUACAUGUGCCAAGUACUACUACAAUGGAACCCUGGGGCCAGAUUGCUGGGAUGUGGCAGCCAAAAGGAAGGACCAGCUCAAGUGUACAAAUGUGCCUCGUAAAUGUACAAAGUACAAUGCUGUUUACCAGAUUCUGCACUAUCUAGUGGACAAAGAUUUUCUAAGCCCAAAGACUGCUGACUACGUCUUGCCAGCUUUAAAGUACAGCAUGCUCUUCUCUCCAACAGAAAAAGGAGAAAGCAUGAUGAACAUUUACCUGGAUAAUUUUGAGAACUGGAACUCUUCUGAUGGUAUAACGACCAUCACGGGGAUUGAGUUUGGAAUAAAACAUAGUUUGUUUCAAGAUUACCUAUUAAUGGAUACUGUGUAUCCUGCCAUAGCCAUUGUCAUUGUUCUCUUAGUCAUGUGUGUGUACACGAAGUCCAUGUUUAUCACGCUGAUGACCAUGUUUGCAAUAAUUAGUUCCUUGAUUGUAUCUUACUUUCUUUAUCGUGUAGUAUUUAAUUUUGAGUUUUUCCCUUUUAUGAACCUCACUGCAUUAAUUAUUCUUGUUGGAAUUGGCGCAGAUGAUGCUUUUGUCCUGUGUGAUGUUUGGAACUACACAAAAUUUGAUAAAUCUCACGCUGAUACUUCUGAGACAGUCAGCAUCACCUUGCAACAUGCUGCUCUUUCCAUGUUUGUAACCAGUUUUACCACCGCGGCUGCCUUCUAUGCUAAUUACGUCAGCAAUAUUACAGCAAUCCGAUGUUUUGGUGUUUACGCUGGCACUGCCAUAUUGGUGAAUUAUGUUUUAAUGGUAACAUGGUUACCAGCAGUAGUUGUGUUACAUGAACGGUAUCUUCUCAAUAUAUUCACUUGCUUCAAAAAACCUCAGCAGCGGGUCUAUAGCAACAAAGGCUGCUGCACAGUGUUGUGCCAAGUGUGCCACAAGAUUAUUUUUGCAGUUUCAGAAGCAUCCAGGAUAUUUUUUGAAAAAGUCUUGCCAUGCAUCGUUAUCAAGUUUCGAUAUAUUUGGCUGUUCUGGUUCCUUGCUUUAACUGUAGGUGGAGCAUAUAUUGUAUGUGUUAAUCCAAAAAUGAAAUUACCAUCACUGGAGCUCUCUGAGUUUCAAGUGUUUAGGUCUUCUCACCCUUUUGAACGCUAUGAUGCUGAGUACAAAAAGCUUUUUAUGUUUGAACGUGUCCACCAUGGAGAGGAACUCCACAUGCCAAUUACAGUAAUCUGGGGCAUCUCUCCUGAAGAUAAUGGAGAUCCUCUAAAUCCUAAAAGUAAAGGAAAGCUGAAACUAGACAGCAGUUUUAAUAUUGCAAGCCCAGCUUCACAGGUCUGGAUUUUACAUUUUUGCCAGAAGUUAAGAAAUCAAACAUUUUAUUACCAAACUGAAGAACAAGAUUUUGCAAGCUGCUUUAUUGAGACAUUUAAGCAGUGGAUGGAAAAUCAGGACUGUGAUGAGCCAGCUCUUUAUCCCUGCUGCAGCCACUGGAGGUUUCCAUACAAACAAGAAGUUUUUGAGUUAUGCAUCAAGAGGGCCAUCAUGGAGUUAGAAAGAAGCACUGGGUACCAUUUGUACAGCAAAACCCCAGGGCCUCGCUUUGACAUAAAUGAUACUAUCAGGGCUGUUGUACUGGAGUUCCAAAGCACCUAUCUCUUCACACUGGCUUAUGAGAGAAUGCAUCAGUUCUACAGAGAGGUGGAUUCAUGGAUUUCAAAUGAGCUUCGUUCUGCUCCUGAGGGUCUUGGCAAUGGAUGGUUUGUGAGUAAUUUAGAGUUCUAUGACCUCCAGGACAGUCUUUCUGAUGGUACUCUGAUUGCCAUGGGUCUUUCAGUUGCUGUUGCAUUUAGUGUAAUGCUACUUACAACUUGGAAUAUAAUUAUAAGCCUUUAUGCAAUAGUUUCAAUAGCUGGAACUAUAUUUGUUACUGUUGGUUCUCUGGUUCUUCUUGGAUGGGAGCUAAAUGUGUUAGAGUCUGUCACUAUUUCUGUAGCUGUUGGCUUAUCUGUGGACUUUGCUGUUCACUACGGAGUUGCUUACCGCUUAGCUCCUGAUCCAGACCGAGAAGGAAAAGUCAUCUUCUCUCUAAGCCGCAUGGGCUCUGCAAUUGCAAUGGCUGCGUUGACCACAUUUGUGGCUGGAGCAAUGAUGAUGCCUUCCACGGUCUUAGCAUACACCCAACUUGGCACCUUCAUGAUGCUUAUAAUGUGCAUUAGUUGGGCUUUUGCAACCUUCUUUUUCCAAUGCAUGUGCCGUUGCCUUGGACCUCAAGGCACUUGUGGCCAGAUUCCUCUGCCAAAAAAAUUGCAAUGCAAUGUCUUCUCCCAAGCUUUGUCAGGAAGCCAGGGAGACCGGGGACAAAACAAAGCACAUCUUGCCAACACAUUUCAGUUGGAUUCCGGAGGGCAAAAAAUAGAAAUGGAGCAGGAGCAUUAUGAGUUAGAGCCUCUGGCAUCACAUACCAGUAAUUGUAAUUCAUCAGAGAAAGUAAGUUAUGAAGAAACCCACAUCUGCUCAGAACUUUUCAAUGGCAGACCCCCAAAUGCAUGCACGUCUGUGCAUUCAGCAUAUAACAGUGAAUUGAAUAAAAGCAUCAGAAAUGAAGCUGGUUCAACCCUGGUACAGCCAUGUGUUGACCAGCAUACCAUGUGCCCCCUCUCCUCUCAGAACAGGCAGUGUAGCUGUCCAGAUGCAUAUAGGCAAUUAAGUGACGCUUUGUGCUACCAAUGUGCCCCGUCAUCUGGUAAUGUUGUGCAGAUCCAAAACUCUGUGCCUCCUGUAAAUGUUUUACAGCAAGCUGUUGAAAGCUAUGUUCCCCCAGUCCAACAUGUGCUCCAUUGCAGUUGUCUUCAGGGGAGACUGAAAAGACCCAUGAUGCAGAACUCUCUGCCUAGAAAUUUUUUUCUGCAUUCAGUACAGCAGUUUCAAACACAUGAAAGAAUAAACAGGAGAGAUGCAGCUAGUCUUCAGAAUACAGAGGAGAGUGUAAGAACUCUUCCAAAGGUGACCAGCUCCUCACUGUUUAUCUGCAGAAGUGCUGGUUCUCUUAUAAAACCUUGUUCUGAAGCUGAAAAUAAUGUAUCAAGUAACCAAAAGGGACUCUGUAAAAACAGAGACAAGUGUGAUUUAAGGGGUACAGAAGUAAAUGGAAAUGAAGACAAGCGAACUUCAGUAUCAAAGCAGAAGAAGAUAACUGAAAUCAAGAUAGAUCCGAAUUCAUCGCAAACUGACCAACUUUUGAAGGCUGAUCAAAAUGAUCAGAAACACAGACUGAACAGUACAGUGAGAGAGGCUGAGUAUGAGUUUUGCCCUGAAAAUACACAAUAUUGUAAGAGAACUAUAACAGUGAAGUGCAAUUCUGCUGACAGUCAAAUGCCAAACAUUGAAGCCAAUGUGCCUGCUCUGUUAACGCAUCCAGAACUUUCCAAUGAAAGUUUGUUAAUAAAAACGCUAUAAUAAAUCUUA